CCCCGGAAAAAAUAUCAAUGGCCUUGACAGUAUAAUAGACAAUCUCCUGAAAAACCCACAAUUGCUCUUAUCUAGCCCCUUCAAAAGAUGACCUGAAAAUACCUUCUUUUCAAGCUACGCGGUCAAGCUCUUAAAUCCCGGGGAUUCCCUAUUUUUUUUGUUCAGGUAAUAUUUUUAUCUUGUGCACUCUUAAAGCCAGUGAAUUUGACAUUUGAGUUACACUUUCUGUGAGUGAAUUCUUGAGGAGAAUCUUGCAUCGGGUUUUCACCUUUUGGGGGUUUUAUGGAGAAUUUUUGGAACUGUUUAUAGAAACAUGGCGUCUUUUCCUCUUGCUUCCACAGUUGGAUUUUUGAUUGCCCAAAAAAAAUGUAAACUUUAUGUUGGAAAUUUAAAGUUACUGGAGAGACAUAGAGCUCUAUCUUGUUCAUUGCCCAAGAACUGCUUUAGUUCGAUAUCUAAGCCUUUAUCGGGGCUGAAUUAUAGUUGUAUUUCUCACCAAAGGUUUUUAUGUGGUAAAAAUAUUAGGUCAGUGGCCAAUGAGAACAGAAAUGUAGAUACCCAUCCGGUAAAAGGAGAAAAUAAUGAGAUAAGAAAGAAGUUCUCAUUGAGAUUGCGCCCAAGGUUACGAUUAUUGUCAAGAAGACUGAAAAGGGUUUCAAUCAGGUCGGUGUUAAAUGGCCUCAGAACAUUCCUUCGCAAGAAUGUUAAAAUUUUGACUCUAUCUACCUCUGUAUCUGUAGUACUAGGGCUUUGCUUUCUGUUUCUCAAAUUAACUGCAAUGCCGACUCCAAAAGCUGUUCCAUAUUCAGAUCUCAUAACGAGCCUUCAAAGUGGGAAUGUGACAAAGGUUUUGUUUGAGGAGGGUACUCGUCGUAUAUAUUAUAAUACAAACCUGUGGCAUGCUAAAGAUGCUCAAACAGUGGACGAUAAAUCAACUCCUUAUAGUGAGACUGGAUUUGAGAGUGAUGCAAUCAAUGUCAUUGCUCACCAAAACCAAGAGAGAAGAAAUUUGCUAGGACAAUUGAAAAAAUCUAAAACUUCGGCCCCUGCUUGGGAGUUCUCAACAAGAAAGAUUGAUCACGAUGAGGGCUAUCUUCUUUGUCUCAUGAGGGAAAAGGGGACUGCGUAUGGCUCAGCACCUCAAUCAGUUUUAAUGUCUAUGAGGAAUAUGUUGAUUACGGUGCUCUCUUUAUGGAUCCCUUUGACUCCUUUAAUGUGGCUUCUUUACCGUCAACUUUCUGCUGCCAAUAGUCCAGCCAGAAAACGAAAACCCAGCAAUCAGUUGGUUUGCUUUGAUGAUGUGGAUGGUGUUGAUGCUGCAAAAGUGGAGCUUAUGGAGAUAGUGUGUUGCCUUCAAGGAUCUAUUAAUUACAAUAAGCUGGGUGCCAAGUUACCUAGAGGCGUGCUGCUUGUAGGUCCUCCAGGAACUGGAAAAACAUUACUAGCCCGUGCAGUGGCCGGGGAAGCUGGUGUACCAUUUUUUUCAGUUUCCGCCAGUGAAUUUGUAGAGUUAUUUGUUGGAAGGGGAGCUGCUCGCAUAAGAGACCUAUUCAGUGUUGCGAGGAAGAAUGCACCAUCGAUUAUUUUUAUUGAUGAGCUUGAUGCUGUUGGCGGAAAGCGUGGUAGGAGUUUCAAUGAUGAGAGAGAUCAAACACUGAAUCAGUUGCUCACAGAAAUGGACGGCUUCGAAUCAGACAUUGAUGUUGUUGUCAUUGCUGCAACGAAUAGACCAGACGCCUUGGAUCCAGCUCUAUGUCGGCCUGGUCGAUUCUCAAGGAAAGUAUAUGUGGGAGAACCAGAUGAAGAGGGAAGAAGAAAGAUUUUGGCUAUACAUUUCCGAGGAGUUCCACUUGAGGAGGACACAAAUCUUGUUUGCAACCUAGUUGCAUCUCUGACUCAAGGCCUUACAGGGGCUGAUCUGGCGAACAUAGUCAAUGAGGCUGCACUUCUUGCUGCUCGAAGAGGGGCCGAAUGUGUUGCGAGAGAAGAUAUAAUGGAAGCCAUAGAAAGAGCCAAGUUUGGAAUAAAUGAGAGACAGACAGGUCGCAUACUAAAGAAGGAACUUGGGAAGCUCUUUCCUUGGAUUCCUUCUCUGAUGGGUAGAAAUGAUACUGGACAAGACGGAAUGCAAGGUCCUCUAGGCUAUCAAACUCUAAGCUAAUGGAUUCUUCUUGGUUUAGCAAUGGCCAAACUUUUAACUCUCCGUGUGCGCACACGCUUCGUUUCUCCUCUGGAUUCCUGGUUCGUUGGAAUUACUCAUAAAGUAGUUUACGUAUUGUCAUAUGAAACGCCAUAAUUGAAGGUAGCACAGUUUCGAGUGUGACAUUGAUGCUUUAGGGCCCACUCGGGAGUAUUUUUACACCAAUUUUGAUCGAUUUUGGAUUGCACUGUUCAUAAGGGGUUAAAAAAAUCGGUGCUUGCAAGUAUUUUGGGCACUAAUUUUGGGUGGUUUUGUAAUUUUGACUGGUUCUUUCAAUUUAUCGAAUUGACGAAUUUCGACCGUUUA